AUGUCUUUCCCGAUCACACUUGCACUAGCUACGUUUUGUUGUAUAAUUAUGUCCGCAUUUGUGGAUGCGCAGAGCGGUGGAUUUAGUAUCAAUCUGGUCCAUCGCGAUUCCGAAGGUUCGCCUUUCUAUAAUCCCAAGGAAACGCCAGCUCGGCGCGUUGGGAAUGCGGGUAGGCGAUCGAUUGGGCGAGUGCAUCGUUUCAGUCACAUGCUUCACCUUAACAGUUCGAGGUCUAUUUCGGACCCUUCGGAUCCUGAUGCUCAGUUGACGGCCAACAAUGGGGAAUACCUGGUGAACAUCUCCCUUGGUACGCCACCAUUUCCGAUCGUUGCGAUUGCUGACACUGGCAGCGACAUUAUAUGGACACAAUGUAAGCCUUGCACCGAUUGCUACAAGCAGGAUGCGCCCUUAUUUGACCCCAAGUCGUCGAGUAGUUAUAGAACAGUGUCAUGUUCAUCCAACGCUUGUAAUUCGCUCCAGAGUGAAGGAAGCUCUUGCUCCUCCGACGGCAGUGUUUGCGAGUACCAGGUGAGUUAUGGGGACCAAUCUCACACCCAAGGAGAUGUAGCAGCUGAAACACUGACUUUGGAGUCCAAGACUGGCAACCCUGUGGCCCUUCCGAAAACUGUGAUUGGCUGCGGGCAUGACAAUGCAGGAACAUUUAGCCCCAAAGGCUCUGGCAUCGUUGGUCUUGGAGGAGGACCUGCAUCCCUUGUCAGCCAACUCGGUUCAUCCAUUGGCGGGAAAUUCUCCUACUGCAUGGUCCCGUACGCAGCUGCCAAGCCGACCAGUACGAUGAACUUCGGCACCAACGCCGUGGUUUCAGGAAAUGGUGUCCUUUCCACCCCCUUGAUUUCGGAUCCAUCCCAACCCACAUUUUACUUCCUUCAACUUGAAGCCGUUAGCGUUGGGAGCAAAAAGAUUGCCUUCCAAGGCUCCUCCAUUGGAGGCUCUGGCAACAUUAUCAUUGAUUCAGGGACGACUUUGACCCUUGUGCCUACUGAUUUCUUCUCCCAGCUCUCUGAUGCCGUCGAGACUCAGGUCACCGGCGGCACCAAAACCAGCGACCCCGAAGGCUUUUUCAGCCUCUGCUACGUGCCAGACUCCAGUCUCAAACUUCCUCCCGUCACUGCGCAUUUCAAGGGAGCCGAUGUGGUGCUCACUUCCGACAACAUUUUCAUCCAGGUCAACGAUAAAGUGGUUUGUUUGGCUUUCUACGCCAACGACCAACUCAGCAUCUAUGGAAACGUUGCUCAACAAAACUUUCUCAUUGGAUAUGACCUUCCAAAGCAAACUCUAUCUUUCAAGCCUACAGAUUGCACAAACACCUAA